AUGGGACGACGGUGUGUCCAGCGAUCCAGCGACGACCACACGGCCCAAAGGCAGCUGUUCGCAUUCAGGCACGCCACGUCCACCCCGCCCAGCCGACGGAAACCUCGGCAGCGUGUCUCGUCUCUCGACAACACUCCCAACACAACAACCAACACCCACCCACGUCGACACGCCAAAGUGCGGCUCACCCUCAUGGAAGAGGUACGCUUACUGUUCCCUUCCGGGCGUUCCAUGCUAACAGUCAAGCCGCGCUCCCCAUCCUCCCCCGCAGCAGGCGAUAUCGGGGCGGCGACCUCUAACCCCAUUGCUUCGCCCGUGCACGAUGACCUGGACUUCGACGCAGGUGACAUUGGCGCAGGCAUGCAAGACCUGGUACUCGACUCGGACUCUGCCGGAGACAUCGGCGAAACUGAGAUGCACGAGGCCGGCGGGCACGAAUCUCUUGACUUGUCGUCAGGAGCACGAGACCACGAGGGCUUCGCCGAUGUCAACCUCGAUGAUGAUGACGCAGGGGAUAUCGGCGGCGCUCGCUCGCCAUCCCCUCCCCCUGUGCCCGUAUCCAAGACAAAUGGCCAGGACAUUCCCUCUACAGCAGCAGCACCCGAACCAGCCCGCUCCCCUGUCGCCUCCUCCCCACGCCUAUCCAUAUCCCCUGCGCCGGAGGAGUCGCUCCUGGCUCGCCGGUCACAAACCAUGACGCCCCUGCGUGUAGUUCCACCCAUCGUGACGACCACACCGGACGCUGUGAAAGAAGUUCUUUAUUCGCCUGAUGCCCCACUUUUCCGCUCCACCUCGCGAACGACAACGACGUCUGAGCGCCCGACAAGCGUCCACAGUAUGCGUUCGGCGCUGUCUGGCGGAAGCCUCGCCUCGCCUCGUGUCGUCACCUCGCCCCUCUUCCGCACCGUCGAGAUCCCACACGCUACAGCUACGGACGACGAGGAAGGGUCGCCGGAUGAGUCGGCUCCGUUUGAGUCUAUCCCUAUCGACGAGCAGGACGCUCCGCCUCCUGUCCCCAUCCUGCCGGCGCUGCAUACGCGGUCCGACUCUCGACACUCGCUGAAGCUUGGGCACAGCAAGCGCGACUCGUGGGGUGGCUUUGGUAUUGAUGCCCACGGCCAACCGGUCGCACACGGUGUGCUGCCCGUCCACCCACCACCGACAAACGGCAGUGCCACCGCUCCGGCCGGCGGUGGGGUCACGAGCCCCGCGCGCGUCCCGUCGCCGGCUUCUGGUUCGUCUACGCCGAGGCGACAUGCGCCACCAGCACACCCACACCCAUUCCCUAUCCCCACCACCUCUCCGUCCGCCCACACCAUUGGCCUGCCAUCAAGUGCGCCAGUUUCAUCCUCGUCGACCCCGCACCCGACUCAAGCACUCGGAGUCAAGGGCACGUCAGCGUUUGAGAAGUUUAUCUCGCGCACUCGUCCUUCCCACUUGCCACCAAAGGACAAGACUGAGGACGCGGAACACUUGCACGAAUGGGAACAUAUGAUGGCCAAGAGCCGCGAGCACGAGACUGAGCGCCGAAAACUGGCCGAGGCCAAGGCUCACGAGCGCGAGAGGCACGUCGUGGCUGUCACCCCAAAGUGGGAAGCGCUCCUCGAUGAGUUUAACGCGGUCAAGAUCCGCGAGACACCGGCUCUGAGGCAUUUCUGGUUUGAGGGUGUGCCCCCGCAACUGCGCGGCAAGGCGUGGUCAUUGGCUGUUGGCAAUGCGCUGGCAAUGCACAAGGACGCGUACAGGACAUAUCUGCGACGUGCGGAGCGUGCGCUGGAGCUGGGACGGUUCCCGCAAGAUAUUCUUGUGCAACUGGAAAAGGACCUCGACGAGACAUUGGUCCCACUUCACGUCUUUCACCGUGGCAGCCCCAUGCGCGACGACUUGAAACAACUCGUUUGCGCUUGGGUUGUCUACCGCUCUGACGAGGGACGAGGGUACGCGCCGUUCAUUACGCGCGUGGCAGCAAUGUUCAUCCUCGUGGCCCCCCCGCCUGUGGCCUUUAUCACACUGUGCAACUUCCUCGCCCGCUCGUGCCUGCACGCGUUCUACACGGACACGACCGACGAGAUUGACGCCUACUACCGUGUCUUUGAAAACCUCCAGGCAGACAUGUUCCCACGCAUCUUCGCCAACUGCAAAAACUUGGGCUUGCGCUUACCCGAGUCGUACUUCCGCUCAGUCCUUGUUGAGCAGGUGCCCUUUGACGCCGCGUGCCGACUGUUUGACCAGAUCAUGCUUGAUGGCGACGGAUACAUCUUCCGCGCAGCCUUGGCCAUCUUUGGCUUCCUCGAGCCCCGUCUGUACUACCCAGACCACGAGGAGAUUCUGUCCGUGCUCGAGGGCAGGAACAAGGCUACACAGGCGAUCUCGGAUCGCGAGCGAGAGCGUGCCCGUCUCCGUGGCGAGCAGUAUGACAUGGCCCUCGACGGCAAGCUGAGUGUCUUUGGCUUGCAUGAGGAACCGCUGUUUGAGUGGCUCGAGCAUGACGGAUGGCGCGAGAGUGGGUUCCAGCGUCUUGUGACGCGUGAGCUCCCAGACUAG